UCAGCUGUAUUUGUCGUCACCAUACUAUCGGAUGGUUGGCAAGGGAAAAGUGCAUAACGUUAGCGGAGUAUUACUCCACACUAGAGAGCUCCCUGCUGGAUGUUUUAAGGUAUCAGUUGAUAUUGCAGUUGAGCCGAAUGCAGCAUUACCAUAUCCUAGCGAUGAUUCGGAUGCAACAACGGUGCACGAAGCAGUAGGUUCGUUUGUUGCAUGGCCGACAAACCUCAUAUGCGUAGGAUAUGAGACUCCCACAAAAUCCAAAUCAAAAGAUAAUGCGAUUCCACGGCAUACCGAGUCCACGGUUUCAAGAAAAGAGCUUCAAGAAAAUGAGGUUAGCAAUGCCUCCGCACAACAAAAAAAGGAGGUUAGCAACGCCUCCGCACGGGUAAAAAGUUCUGGUGCUAAGAAGACCGUAGCUAGGAAAAAAACUACCACCAAGUAUAGGUCGUGCCUCAGGACAUUUCUAGAGAUGACCGAUAUACCGACCGGAGGUGUUCGGACCCUACAUAUGGAGGUAGGGAUUUUCGGCUUUGAUUACGACCAAAUGAUUGGUAAUGAAGACUUCAUGCAAGUUUUUAGUCAUGAAGAAAUCGGCGUCAACGUUGUCAAUACAUAUAUUAGGUAAAUCCGGUCUACUUUGUUUUAUUAAUUAAACAACUUAUGUUAAUGAUGUUUACUUUAUGUUAAUCCGGUUUACUUUAUGUUUCAAAAGAGGUGUUAAUGAUGUUUUUAUAUUAGGUUUUUGUAUGACAAAUUGAUGCGCCCCAAUGGUUUGGACGUGUCAUUCGGAUUCUUAGCACCCGCGACCGUCAACUUAGUUUUAAUCUUAAGUAGACCGGAUACCGUGACGGAGUACGUUCUUCGGAUCCUCAUGGACAAUAAAGAUGCGGAGAAGUUGUUUUUUA